AUGUCCAGCAGGUUCGCCCGGACCAUCGCCCGAGGCUACGCGACCAACACCGUCUAUCUCGGCCUGGGCUCCAACACCGGCGACCGGCGCACCCACAUCCGCGAUGCCCUCCGCCACCUCGCCGCCCUCCACCCCGCCACCCGCGUCCUCGACGCCAGCUUCCUCUACCAGUCCAAGCCCAUGUACCUCCUCGACCAGCCCCCGUUCCUCAACGCCGCCUGCAAGAUCUCGACCCCCCUCGAGCCCCUCCAACUCUUGAAACUCGUCAAGACGGUCGAGGCCGCCCAGGGCAGGAUCCUCCACGGCCAGCCCCGCAACGGCCCCCGGCCCAUCGACAUCGACAUCCUGCUCUACAACUCCGACAUCGUCCGCCACCCGGACCUCACCAUCCCCCACAUCGGCAUCGUCGAGCGCCAGUUCGUCCUGGCCCCGCUUGCUGAUGUGGCGCGGCGGACGAUCCAUCCAGAGACCCAGACGUCGAUCGAAUCGCUCCUGGCCGACCUCGAGCUGAAGAGCGGCGCGGCGGGGAUGGUGCGGAAGACGCAUCUGGUGGGCGGCGCGGGCUGCCGGACGCUGGACCUGAGCGAGCGGACGCAUCUGAUGGCGAUUGUGAACUGCACGCCGGACUCCUUCUCCGAUGGGGGGGAGUGUCUGGCGGCCGAGGAUGCGGUGGACAGGGCGCUGGAGCACGCGGCCGCGGGCGCGGAUAUCCUCGACAUCGGCGGCAUGUCCACCCGGCCCGGGGCGCCCGAGGUCUCCCUGGAGACCGAGAUCCAGCGCACCCUGCCCGCCAUCCGCGCCCUCCGUCACCACCACCGUCUCGACUGCCACAUCAGCAUCGACACCUUCCGUGCCCAGACAGCCGAGGCCGCCGUCGCGGCUGGCGCAACCAUCGUCAACGACGUCUCCGGCGGAGACGCCGACCCCGCCAUGCUCCCCACCGUCGCCCGCUUGGACGUGCCCUACGUGCUCAUGCACAUGCGCGGAAACCCCCGGACGAUGGGCCAGCUGACCAGCUACCACCACGUCGUCGAAGACGUCCGUGCCGAGCUUGCCGCCAAGGUCCAGCGAGCCCUCGAUGCGGGUAUCAAGCGCUGGAACCUGAUCAUCGACCCCGGCUUCGGCUUCGCCAAGGACCUUGCCGCCAACUGCCAGCUGCUCCACUCCCUCCACGCCCUCCAACGCCCCUCCUCCGCCGAAGACCACCACAACAUCUUGCACGGAUUCCCGCUCCUCGUCGGCCUCUCCCGCAAACGUUUCCUCGCCCAACUCCUCGCACGGCCCUCCAACUCCUCCCUCCCCCCUCCCGACCAACGCUUGGUCCCGACCAUCGUCGCUUCUACUAUCGCCGUCCGUAACGGCGCUCACAUCAUCCGCGCGCAUGACACGAAAGCUAUCAAACAAGCCAUCACUACUCUCGACGGUAUCCGCUCCUUCUCUUGA